AUUUUCCCCGAAUUCAACUCAAUUUCAGCCCACUCGUUCCCUAAACUCCUUCGACUCGUUCAAGUUUCAACCGGUGAAGCGGCGAGUUCUUCCAACACAGUUCGCGCACAGCUGGGCGCCGGUCUGGUCCUCGAUUCGUGGCACCACCACCGACCGAGGCAGCGGAUCCGACCGGCUCCGGCGGGGUCUGGAGAGGCGAGGGCGGCGACCAAACGGGCCCUUGGAGGUAGCGCCGGCGGCGACGAGGUACUCUCGACCGCCGGAGAUGGGGAAGCGGGAGUUUGCGCGCGCGCACCACGUGGCGUUCUUCGACGCCAUGGCCACCGAGCUCCCCGACGACUACGCCCCGCAGGAGGUCAACCACCUCACCCUCGGCUACUUCGCCGUCGGCGGCCUCUCGCUCCUUCGGGAGCUCGACCGGGUUAACAAGGAUGAAAUAGCCAAAUGGGUUUUGUCUUUUCAAGUUCAUCCAGAGGCACCUGGUGAUGAGGAUAAUGGGUCAUUUUAUGGAUUCUGUGGUUCUAGAUCAACUCAAUUUCCGUUGCCUAAUGUGAAGGACUCUUGCCACAACGGUAGUCAUCUUGCAAGCACUUAUUCUGCCCUCGCCAUCCUGAAGAUUGUAGGCUACGAUCUAGCAAAUAUUGAUAGCAAUGCACUUUUAUCGUCUAUGAAAAAGCUCCAACAACCAGAUGGAAGCUUCAUGCCAAUUCAUAUUGGUGCGGAAACGGACCUGCGCUUUGUGUACUGUGCAGCUGCAAUCUGCUCAAUGCUAAAUGACUGGACAGGAAUGGACAAGUUAAAGGCAAAGGAAUACAUUUUGAACUGCCAGUCAUAUGAUGGAGGCUUUGGCAUGGUUCCUGGUUCCGAAUCUCAUGGUGGAGGAACUUUUUGUGCUGUUGCGGCUCUCCAUCUAAUGGGCUUUGUUCAAGCUGAGUUGGCAUCUAACUUAAGGGAUUCUGCAUCUAUUGACAUACGCAUGCUCCUUGAGUGGUGUCUUCAGAGGCAAGUGAUUGAUGGAGGAUUCCAAGGGAGAAGAAACAAGCCCAGUGAUACCUGCUAUGCUUUUUGGGUUGGCGGUGUCUUAAAGAUCAUUGGAGCUUACCAUUUGAUCGAUCAUUGUGCUCUUCGGGAAUUUUUGCUGACCUGCCAGUCACCUUAUGGAGGCUUUACAAAAUUUCCACACAAUCGGAUCCCAGACAUCUACCAUUCUUACUACGGCCUGGCUGCCCUUUCCUUGUUGGAAGAGGAAGGGCUUGAACCCCUCUGCGUUGAACUGGGGAUCCUCUCUGCUGCAUUGCCUGUUCUUCCGUCUGCUAGCCAACUCGGCGUUUCUUCCUCUCCGCGGCUCCGGGCGCUUUGUUCCUCUCGGCGGCCGGCUUCGGCGAUGGCGGCCGUCGGCUCCGCAGUGCGGCGGAUCUACCUGGCUGUCUACAAUUGGAUCGUCUUCACCGGAUGGGUGCAGGUGCUGUGCUACGCGAUUUUGGCGCUGUGGGAGAGCGGCCAUGAGGCUGUCUACGGCGCUGUCGAGCGGCCGCUGCAGUUCGCGCAAACAGCUGCCAUCAUGGAGAUUCUACAUGGACUUGUAGGUCUUGUGAGGUCUCCAAUCUCUGCAACUCUUCCACAAAUUGGAUCAAGGUUGUUCCUUACAUGGGGCAUCUUGUGGAGUUUUCCUGAGACUCGCUCUAAUAUUCUUGUUACUUCAUUGGUCAUAAGUUGGUCCAUUACUGAGAUCAUUCGAUACUCUUUCUUUGGUAUGAAGGAGACAUUUGGAUUCGCACCUUCAUGGCUAUUGUGGCUAAGGUAUAGCACUUUUAUGGUAUUAUACCCUACUGGUAUCUCGAGCGAGGUGGGUCUAAUUUUUGCUGCUCUACCUUAUAUGAUGGCAUCUCAGAAAUAUUGUCUAAGGUUGCCAAACAAAUGGAAUUUCUCUUACGAUUACUUGUAUACAUCUAUUCUUGCUCUCGCGGUUUACAUUCCAGGAAGUCCGCAUAUGUUUAAAUAUAUGCUUUCCCAGCGUAAGAAGGCAUUGUCGAAGUCAAAAACCGUGUAAUGUUGCUCCAUGGCCCAGCACAUGUGUCAUCUCUCAAAGUUCCCCAUUAGUAUUUUUAAAACUUUUCCAGCAGAAGUUAGUGAAAUGGGGAAUGACACUCUUACGUGAUUGCCCAAAAGUAUGUUGUACCUUAAAAUAUCUGCUUUUAUUUGGUCAUUAUUAGAAUUAUUGGCCCAAAUCGCCCAGCAUGGACAUUAUGACAUUACAAUAUGAUAUGGCUAGAUACUGUAACUUAAAUUUGUGAUUUUCCAUGAUUCUUUGCCACUUAUAUUACUU